AUGGCUUCGUGGGCGCGAGCGUGGAGUGCAGCGGCUACGUAACGAGUGGCGCUUCUCCGUUCUGUCGAAUGCACUAUAUUUUUAUUUCGAUUUUUCUGCGUUUCGAGGCUCCGCGCCGAAAUUCCGAUGUUUGAACAACACUUUUAUAAGUACUUGGAUUAGUGUGUUGCUUUAUUCACAAAUGAGUGCAGUCUGCAUAGGAAUUUGGAGCUACCCAGCAUUAAUUACAAGGAGAUGCCGUUGAAAUUUUACUUUCUCCUCUCUGAGUGCAAGAACCAUAUAAUAGCCGGAGUUAUCAACUUCUUGCACUCAGACCUGAGGUGGUCCUGAGAAAUAUGACUGUUUGCAGCUGGAAGCUCAAUGAUGAAAACAGAGACUUCCUCCGCUUCAACUGUCACCACGACCACUGUGCCCACUGUCGUCGCUGUCAUUAACAGCAAUGACAUGUCCCUGCUCUCGAAUCGCCGCUGCAUCUGCACUAGUCUCCUGCUCAGGCGCUCGUUGCGCCUGAUUCAAAAGGGACGGUCUCCCGCAUUACAUCUGUGUCUUGCUGAGCUGCAUCAAUGCCUUUCUACAGAACCACACGCGCACCACGUUCUUCUUGAGGUCGAGCUUCUC